AUGCGCCCAAGAUCCAGUCCUAGAGCCUCGUUGAGUCGCCUAGCAGUCACUUUCGUCAUCAUCUUCCUGAUUUAUGAGACCUGGAGUCGUACUAGCAGCUGGAAUCGAUACGUCUGUGACGGGUCCGGACAGCCCCUGCAUGACAUAUCACAAGUCCCAACGCAAGAUUUGCCUGGCAAUCCACACGAGCCGUUGCUUAUUGAGUCGCCAAGUAUCAACAAUCUGAAUUUCGGAGACUUAGCCUCUCCUAAGGAGAAGGAUCGCGUGCUCAUACUAACCCCAUUGAGAGACGCUGCUCCGUAUCUUCCGAAGUAUUUCGAGGUAUUGUCACAACUGACCUACCCCCACAACUACAUCGACUUGGCAUUUCUCGUUGGUGAUUGUGUCGAUGAAACGCUGUCAACAUUGAGGGAGCAGCUUGAGAAGCUGCAGAACGAGUCGAAUGUGGCACGAUUUCGGAGUGCCAUGAUCGUAGAGAAGAAUUUUGGCUUUGAGCUUGCGCAGAGCGUUAAGGAGCGACAUAGCUUCCAAGCUCAGGGACCUCGACGCAAAGCUAUCGGGCGGGCCCGAAACUACCUUCUCUAUGCCGCAAUGAGACCCGUGCAUGAUUGGAUCUACUGGAGGGAUGUUGAUGUUGUAGAGAAUCCGGCGACAGUAUUGGAAGACUUCAUCAAGCAUGAUAAGGAUGUCUUAGUCCCCAAUAUCUGGUUCCACCGUCUCGACAAGCUCGGCAAAGACAUUGAAGGAAGGUACGACUACAACUCAUGGCAAGAAUCAUGGUGGGGACGCCGUCUCAAAAAAAGGAUAAGUAAAGAUACAAUCCUUGCGGAAGGCUACAAAGAGUAUAAGACUCGCCGGAAAUAUCUCAAUUGGAUGGGCAACAGACGUAAGAACAAGGACAAAGAAGUCCCACUUGAUGGCAUUGGCGGCGUCAACAUUGUGGUUAAGGCCGAGGUUCACAGAUCAGGCAUCAAUUUUCCGUGCUAUCCGUUCGAAAAUCAAGCCGAUACCGAGGGAUUUGCAGCCAUGGCAAAGCGGGCUGGCUAUAGUGUAUUUGGACUCCCAAAUUAUGUCGUUUGGCACGUUGAUACAGAGGAGAAAGAGGGUAACUUGAAGGGAAACAAGGUCAAAGAGCAAAAAGACUCAUAA